AUGGGUCCAGUCAUGCCUCCCAGUAAGAAGCCAGAGGGCUCAGGAAUUAGCGUUCCCAGUGGAUUGAGCCAACGUUACCAAGACAGUGAUUUAUCAAAGGCACUUCACGAUGAUGAGGACCUAGAUUUCUCUUUGCCUGCCAUCAGAUUAGAUAAAGGGGCCAUGGAAGAUGAAGAACUAACUAAUUUGAACUGGUUACACGAGAGCAAGAACUUGCUGAAAAGCUUUGGGGACUCGGUGUUAAGGAGUGUUAGCCCCGUUCAGGACAUCGGUGAUGACACGCCGCCGUCUCCUGCCCAUUCUGACAUGCCCUACGAUGCCAAGCAGAACCCCAACUGCAAACCUCCUUAUUCCUUUAGCUGCCUCAUAUUUAUGGCCAUUGAGGACUCGCCAACCAAAAGACUGCCUGUAAAGGAUAUAUACAACUGGAUCUUGGAACACUUUCCGUAUUUUGCAAACGCACCCACUGGAUGGAAAAAUUCUGUGAGACAUAAUCUAUCCUUGAAUAAGUGUUUUAAGAAAGUGGACAAAGACAGAAGUCAGAGUAUUGGAAAGGGGUCCUUGUGGUGUAUAGACCCAGAAUAUAGACAAAAUCUUAUUCAGGCUUUGAAAAAGACACCCUAUCACCCAUAUUCGCAUGUGUUCAAUACACCUCCCACAUCUCCUCAGGCAUAUCAAAG